AUGGGGGAGAAUGAUGAUGAAAUCGCUUCAAAUCCAAAUCAGAAACCAAACUUUUGGGACUAUCUUAGUCCCAGGGACAAGGAAGAAUAUCUUUCCCUCAAAUCACUCCUUGACGAAUCAAGCACAAAGAGAAAUAGAGGUCAUAGAAUGGAAGCAUUCGAUGGCAUACUAGAGGCCAUACAUCGCUAUGCAGAACGCCAUGAUGAUGACGAUUGGCGGCGCUUCUUGGUAUGCGGCGUAUGCUGGAUGGAUAAUAUGAUCGCUAUCAACACAAGGCAAUUAAGAUUGCUUAUUUCCAAGUGUAAAUCAUCGAUAAAUGGAUCAUUUCAGAAGAUGGGUUAUACAACAAGUCAAUCACAUACAGAAUCAAGAAAAUUUUUGUUCGGCAAGAUUCCGUUAUUGAAAGGUAACUUUAACGAACUGCGCCAAUGGACUAUCAGAUCAAGAGCUCCUCAACCGCAACAAAUCGAAGCUUAUGCGGUUAGUCAUUCAUACCAAAUUCCACAAGAUCCUUCUCAGCCAAUACAGAUGCAGAUAUCACUUAAUCCUCAGAUCGCACAAUCAAUACGCACAGAAAAUCAACCAUUACAGCAGAAUCUUAUCAUUCCACAAAAUAUAAUGGAAUUGCGGAGUCAACAGCAAAAUCAGAACCAGUCUCAGAAGCCUUCAGCUCCUUCCCAUCCCGUUCUUCCAAUACUUGCUGACCAUACUCAGAAAUCUUCGCCACUUCAACCGCCGCCAAUUUCUGACUUAUUGGCUUCAAAAUCACCGACGAACGAUGGCCCACAGAUUGCUGAUCUCCUGGCUAUUAAGCCACCUUCUCCAAAUAUACCAGAACAGGAUCCUUUGUUAGUUGAAAAGUUUUGCCCUCUUAAGUUCCGUUCCAAAUGCACCCAACUCCGGAUUUGA